UAUUGCCUGUCAAAAAGUAUGGAACGCGAAUACUGGGCUAUCGUGGAGACCUUGCCGACUGUGUCUCUGGUUCAACUGCUAGCCCAGGUGUUCUUCGACGAAGUCAAUUGGUACUUUGCUGUACUGGAUUGAUACUUCUUUGACAUCCUCUUCGUCGAGUGGACUACGACUCCGCGAACUACCGAUGACACUAAGAGGUUGCGUCCGACCGUUUUAUACUUUCUAGCGCUAUUAUUCCAAGUUCUUGCGUUGGCUUUGCAAUUCCUUCCUCCUGAACAAAGCAAUGAGCUCACGACGAGGGGAAGAGACGCAGAAGAGAUCGAUAGGUUGUCCACGCGUCUCAGUGAACCAGGAGAAAAGCUCAUGCAGCUGCUGGCGCGACAUUCCCCCAAUGUCAUGAGUGUACAGGCACACCUUAUGUGCUGUGCCUGGCAGAAGAACGAUGGUAAAGGCACAGAUGCAUGGUACAGCUUGAUAAAUGCCACCCGGCAGGCUCAAGAGUUAGGUCUUCAUCUCGACACUGGCCAAGAUGUGGACAUGGGACUGACGAGUCCAGAGGCUCUCAAGCAGCUGUGGUUAAAUGAGCACAAGCGAAGACUAUGGGCCACGCUUUUGAUCUGGGAGAGUCACAUGGGCCUUCAACUAGGUCGGCCACGUUUGAUUCAUGUGAGUGAUUGCACAUGUUCAGAUCCGAUCGAGUGCGAUUUCCCUGCCAGCCCGACCCACACGUUGUUUCGACCACCAGGGCCAGACGAACGUCCAUCCCUGUACACACACAGUUGGUGAAGUAUAAGAUUAGCCAGACGAUACAUCGCAUGAUGGCGAUUGGCGCU